AUGAAUAAAAUUACAAAUUGGGAUAAUGUUGUGUUUAUCGAUGAGACUUGGUUGAACUCAAACCACACAGUACCACAAUCAUGGACCGACGACACUAAAGCAUCCAGCUCGAAAGUGCCAAUGGGAAAAGGUGGUCGCCUCAUAAUUUGCCAUGCUGGAUCAGCCGGGGGAGGUUUCGUUAAUAAUGCUUUACUAGCAUUUGAAUCAAAAAGUACAAAAGAAUAUCACGAAGAAAUGGACGCAAACAAAUUUAAAGAGUGGUUUAAAACUUUACUUCAGAACCUCCCCGAACAAUGUACAAUAAUUAUGGACAAUGCAUCGUAUCAUUCGGUUCAAAUAGAUCGAGCGCCGACUCAGGCAAAUAAAAAGGCUGAUUUGGUGGCAUGGCUACAGAGGAAUGGUGUCGAAGCUGACAUGGAGCUAUUGAAAGUGGAAUUGUUAAGAUUAGUGCGAGAGCAUAGACCUACAAAACUUAGGUAUGAAAUUGAUGAAUUGGCACUUGAGCAUGGACAUAAAAUUAUAAGGACACCGCCGUACCACUGUCAAUACAAUGCUAUUGAGUUGAUUUGGGCUCAAAUUAAAGGUUAA